UAAGGGAUGAAAAUAUUUACAUGUAUUAUAUCAUAUGAUACAAAAAAAUACACUAUAAGCUGAUGUAUGACAAAGAGGGAAUGAGCUGGGGCGCAAAAUGAUACAGUAUUUUUUCCUGUGUAUUAGGUCAGAUGAGAGUGUACCUGUGAUGCUGAGUCAACAUAUAACAUAGCUCAAAAAUGAUCAUCAAUAAUAGAAUUUCAGCCGACUGUAUUAAAUAUGAAUGGCUGUGACCUUAAACGAUUCUUAAACUAUAUGAGCUGUGCUCACCUUUCUCUUGAGAGGAAUUUUUUAAAGAUCUAUUUUCCUCUGUUUUCCUCCCUCUCUUCAAUUUUAAAUCCCUGGUUUUGCUGUCUUUGAUGAGACAAAUUGGCCCUUUGGUCCAUUAAGGUGUUGUGAAGUGGGUGAUCCAUGUUCUUUAGAAUAGUCUCCACCCUUCUCAGUGUACAUCUCUACACCACAUCCUCCACUGAGUCCAACUUGAAUCCAACCACAGAAUCAGCCUUUUUCACCAGUUUGUUAAGACGUCUUGCAUUUUUGUGUUUGAUGCUUCCUCCCCAGCAGACUGCAGCAUAGAACAGAACACUGUAGACACCACACUGAUAAAGCAUCUGCAGCAUCUUACCACAGAUGUCUAUUGAUCGGAGUCUUCUCAGCCAAAAGAGGCGGCUCUGCCCUUUUCUGUAGAUGAAGUCUAUAUUCUUAGACCAGUCCAACUUAUUAUCCAGAUGUACACCUAGGUAUUUAUAUAAUGUCACCACUUCGAUGUCCACUCCACAGGUGUUCACUGGCUGAAGAGGGGGUUUGGAUCUACGGAAGUCCAUGACCAUCUCCUUUGUCUUUGAGGUGUUGAGGAGGAGGCAGAAACUUUACAUUAUUUCCAGGAGGAAAUAUUGAGUGUCCAUUUAUUUCAAUCAAUCAAAUUUUAUUUAUAUAGUGCCAAUUCACAACAUUCAUCAUCCCAAGACGCUUUCCAAAGAACAAGAGCAGGUCUAGACCACGCUCAUUGUUUGAUGAAUUAUCAAGACCCAACCUAAGAUCGGAUUUGGCCCAUCUCAUCUAACAUGAGUGACAGUGGCAAGAAAAAACUUCCUUUUAACAGGCAGAAACCUUGAGCAGAACCAGACUCAUGCGAGACAGCCACCAUGCCACUGCUGGGUUGGGGAGGAAUACAGAGAGAGAGAGAGAGAGAGAGCAGCAACAUUAAAACAACAGCAACAACAACAACAACAGCUCAUGUAAUGGUGAAACAAAAUGAAUUCAGUUUACAGGGUUAGGAUAUGAGUAAUUAUGGACUAUGUUAAAUUGAUUUAAACGUGAUUACAGUCAGCAGGCCUAGUAGUAGUUAACUUUAAUAAUUUUGCUAUCUUAAUUAAUGAGACUGUUUUGGUUUUACCAUAAUAGUACUAACUUUGACAGAAAAAAGCAAAGAAAACAUGUAUAUUUCGAGCUAUUCCACCCCCCUCCUUCCCUUAAGGGCCUCAGUUAGUCAAUACCACUGCCCCCCUCUCUGACACCAAUGUCCACAACUGGGCAGCUUCUGGUGGCAGGACAAAACAACCCAGUGAGAAAGUGGGAAUAAUUACAUAUAGAACAAACCCUCUCUGAUAGAAGGUCCACUCACACUUUCAUCAUUAUUAAUUGGGCCCACAUCUAAACCGUCAUGUGCCCACCUAUUUUCAUCACUGCACCAAUCCUGCCAUGUAACCCUGCUCUAUUCAAACAGGCUGCCUCAAAAUCUCGCGGUGCUUCAAUUCAGACAUCUUGCAUUUGAUGAAGUCUGGUGUAGAGGAAAUUUUUUUUCAUACACCACAUCAUUGAUGUGCUGCAUAUCUCCAUCGCAGUGAUCUGGGACUCGUGUUUGUGAUCCCGUGCGGACGGAUGUGAGACGCUCGGACGCUGCCUCGCGUGCCAUUCUUGUGGAGUUGAGACGGUCUCUCACGGGGGCUCUCCAGCCUUGUUGUCCGUAAUCUCCAUCGCUGCUGUUUUGGUACUAUAUUUUCACAUCCACGGAAAGAUGGCAACUCCCGCCGCGGUCAACCCGUCCGGUAGGUGGACCUGCUGCUCAGUGUGUUGUUUAUGAGAAAACUUGAAUGUGUGGGAAAGAGAAAAAAAAGCAGCAGGGCUGUGUUUCAUGAAGAUGUUAGUGAAGAGGGCUGAAACUGAAGCAGGCCGCUGAAGCCUCCAUCCCCUUCCCCCCACUGAACCGCCGUUAUAACACAGCCUUUCUUCGCUCCUGUCGAGCUAACACUGCCUUAAAAACGACACAGCGAGCAUACAGACUGUGUAUAAAUGCAGAUGUAGGCUAAUUCUCGUGUAUUGACUCUUCUCCGUGAAGCUAACUCUCUUAGCUAACGUGUUCACUGCUUUUCUUUCUUUGAUGCUAAAGGCUUGUGUAUUGAUUUGGACAGUUUUACUCUGUAAUAUCACCUCGAAGGGUUUUUUAACAUUGAACAGAAGCUCCUGGAAGCAUCGUUCACAUCUCUCUGUGUCCCUGUUCUGGUGUGUAUUAUACUCGUAGCGUGAAAACUAGCUUAUAUCAGUGUGUACGCCCUGAUAUUAUUGUACAGUACCGCCCCCGUUGACCACUUGAGCAGCAUCUCUCACCCUGCUGACAUUAUUCAGACCACGUUUGGCUGAAUCCAGGUUUUGGUGAUUCAUGUAACAUCGGUGUGCUCUAUGAUGCAAAGUGAACUUUCAGCAGACAUGCCCCUGUUUCUACAGGCAGGUCCAUCCUACAGCAGGGAGCCUAUUGUGCAGUUCAGUAUUUACAUGUUUGGAGUCCUGAGUCCCGCUUUAUUGGGAAUUAUUCAGAAAAAAAAUUCUAAUGUGCCUGCUAACCAUAAAAGUGUAUAUGUAGAGAGUCUGGUCUGAUGUUGUCUGAUUUUCCAAUGCUGACUUGCUAAAGGAAAUUUGGUUCUUGUUUUUUUCUUCUUCUUCUUCCUUUUUAAUGAACCAGCCAAAGACUGUUCUCAACAAACCUGAAACACAAACUGAGGUUUAACUGAGUUGAAAUUGUCAACUAUACUUUGACAAUUUACUCAUACUACUCAUCUCAAUUGACUGAUUCAAAUUUUAGCAUUUGUACAAAAUGUGCUCUAGCAACCAUGAGUCACUAAAUGUAAAUAAGCCUGCGAGUUACUAAUAAUAACUAAAAAAAAAAAAUUGCAGAAGAGGAUAAUAAAAGUAGCUAUUCAAAUAUAUGAAAACACUAGUAUUUGCUGCUUGAUCGAGCUUUGGUUGUGGUGAAAGUAAUUCAGCUGUUUUGUUGUUUUGUACAUAAACAUCAUAUGUUGUGUGUGGAGGCAGCAUUAAGGACAAACCUAUAGUAUCAUUAUCCAAAGGUCUGUGUAAUGAGUGCUACAUGGUGCAGCUCUAUGAGGAUAACACCCAGGAAGAAUUAAGUCUCUCCUAAUGCUGUUGUUACUGCGAUUGCCAGAGGAGGACAGCGUUAGCAUGCUGAGCUGUAAUCUGCUUCGGUGUUCCCUUUGCCAUGACAGUACAGGUGUAAUGACCUCAGGCCAGAUACCAAGGAUGUUGGAAUGCUGUGUCAUCCCGGGAUUAUCUCCAGCUGGCUGUCACCCAGAUCCUUUUGCUGUGUGAGCUUGUGAAACUCGACAAGUGAAAUGAGUGAUUAAGGGUAGCACGGAUAGAGCAGCUAGGUAAUUUCAAAGCCUCCAGCAGCACACAGAUAUAUUCACUCAGUGUAUAUGUAAUUAUCAAGCACUGGUGCUAUAAAGGUUAAAAGACUCUUGAAAAUGUCUGUUACAUCUCUAAGCUAACCCUUACUCUUGGAGGUUAAUGUGAGAGGCAAACAACACUAAUAUCACUUUUAAUGGACAGAAUCCGAACUUAAGAAGUAUUUUUAGAUGAACGUCUUUAGAUGAACAUAGGAUAUAACCACAAACACUGAUAUUACUUCUCAAAUGAAUUGUUAACAUCAGCAAUAUGUCUUCUCUCCAGUUAGGUUGAGGAGGAAAGACAAAAUACAGGCUGCCAUGAAGGCUGCAUGCUGAAUAUGUAAAAGAAAUGUAUAAAAGAAUUAAGAUGUGAAAUAGAAAAGCUUUGUCCAGACUGCAGAAUUGCUUAAAGAGGGGAAGAGGAAGUCAGGUGUCAAAGAUGGAGAGAAAAACGUGGAAAAACUGGUGCUUCAGUGCUAAUGCUGUUCUUUAACUUAGAUUUUUUAAAAUCAGAAUUACUCCACUGAGGAUGAGUGGAAACACUGUUCUUCUACAAAAUGCACAAAACUUCAUUGACAACUGAAGAGCUGAGAAAGCAGCAUAAGAAUGAAACUGAAGAUUGUGAGGAGAUGAAGGUAAAGUCAGGGGCGGUAGAGAUGAGGAAUUAUGAGGACAUGAGAAUGAAAGAAGAGUUGAUAUUGGCAGAAGAUCCUUGACAAAUACUGGAAAAAUGUCUGUGUGUGUGUGUUUACUAGGGCCCGACCGAUUUAUCAGCGAGCCGAUAAAUCUGCCAAUUUUAGCCCGUUUGAGACUAAUCAGUAAUCGUCCAAAACUCGAUGAUUUUCGCCAAUAUUUCCAGAAAUAAAAUGUGGAGAAUAAGAUUUGGUUUCACUUCGGAAAUGUUCCAUCAGUGUUUUCUGGUCUGAAUUUGAUCAGUCGGUCUUCCUGUUGGUGUGAAGAGUAGUAGCCUAUCUACAAUAUUUUGCAGAUAUCUACUGUAUAUAUAUAUUUUUUAUAACUCAAAAAUUUUAAAAAAUCGGCCAAUUAAUCGCUAAUCAGAUUUCUUUCCCCCCUAAUAACCGGUAUCGGCAUCGGCCCCUAGUGUUUAUAAAUGUGUGUCAGUCAGCUCUAGUGAGGUCCUCUAAAUCACCCCAUGUGUCUGUAAUCAAGUGGCCUGUAGUAACUCCAGUUUAACUUCUGUGUGAGACAUCUGUAUGUGGAUUGGACUUUUGGUAAACUGCUGUCCGAAGGAGGAUCAGAUCAUGGCCAUCCCAAGACUUUAUAUCCGCACUGCCAGAAAUCUAGCCAGGUUACAAGAUAAAAUAACUGCCAACAUGUUCUUGCUAGAAAUGUGACAUUACUGUAAAUGGAGCAGAUGAUCAAUAUUCUGUGACAGUGAGAGAUCUGCUGACUGAAGCAGCCAGUCCGUUGGUCUGUUAGUCUGUUUGUGUCAGUACCUUCCAGAGAUUUAAAACCAAUACAAAUAAUGUGGCUUCGGUGUUUCUUGCACACUGUGAUGCUUAACUGUUCAAAUGCUUUGCAACAGUGAAGUAUAAAUGCUCCCUUCACACCUACAUGACGUAGCAAAGCUAAGUCCUGGUGCCACUGCACCUCAGAGUUUUACCUGCUAACAGAUCUGGUUGUUAGCAAGUAAAAUCUGGCUGUUGAGGUUUUAGAGCAGCCUCAGAGGAUCUGUCUUCGGCUGCCCAUGACUUUGUUUGAUCUGUAGCAAUGAAAACAAAAAGGAAAUGUGGUAGAGAGGUGGACUUAUCAUUCACUCUCGUUGUAUUAAUUGAUAUAUCUGAUCACAUGGAAAGCCUUCUGCUGCUGCCAGCUGUCUGUCCUGAUCCAUGACAGCCAUCUUCUCCCUGUUUUUAUCACAAUCUUAAUAUGUUCUAACCUUACACUGUAUAUAGGCUACUAUGGACAACUUGGCCCCGCCUUCCGUCAUUAUAUGAAUUUGAAGCCAAAUUGCUCUUGGUAUUUCCAUGACUUUUUCCACUUCCUGGAACCACCACUUGCACAGUAGCAUUGUACGCUUUCGGCUGGGGAGUCGCUGUGAUGACGCUUGGCUCAAAAAGCGUAUCCCCCCGGUAGAGCUACGCAGUCUUGGUACGCCCAUAGGCUGUAUCAAGUGUCAAUCAUAGAAAACAUGAACCCCCUAAUAACUUAAAAAUGGAGCUGCACAGGAAAAAGAGGACUUGAGCACAAACCAGUCUUAUAGUAACUACAAGUCAACAUCACAACCAGGGGGGAGAAAAAUUUAUAUUCCGGGGGGCAUUGAUGCUCACAGGCAUCUUCUUGUAGCCUGUUCCUCAGGCUAGUCAGUCUCCACCUAGAAAUUUUCGUUGUUACCGCCACUCUCUUUACGCUCAAGGAGCUACACUGUUAUGUUCACGUUAUGUUACGUUACCGUGGACCGUGGAAAAGCUUGAAUGUUACCCUUCACAUUGAUGGAAGAGGGUCCGACAGGAUUUGAUGUACUUGUUAAUGACUCAAAACAAGUUGAACAUAACGUCAUGUGUUGUUGUGCUCACACAGUGCGAGUAGAAAUCAUUAGUGGCGCAUUGUUAUUAAUGAUCAUGUGAAAUUUCAGUCGGGGCGCACGUUAUCUGCUGAAUGAAUGUAGGGGAAACACUGCCUAUGCAUUGUCUUUCCACUAGACUGUCGAGUCCUGAUCCAUCAAAAUACCUUAGCCUGGAUGAUCAUGUUGGUCAUGGAGGCUGAUGUAUUGAUCCCUAAAGAGAGAUUCUGCUUCUGUGUGCUACACAACACCUGUAUCUUCUUGGUUUGCAGUAAGUUCAGUACAGUAAACCCCAGUUCUGUUUGCUUUUCCAUGGCCAACUGUAGCCUUGGGCACUUCAGACAGGAAAGCAUGUUGGCUCCACGACAGAACUGCUUGAUUUUCAUUUUGGCAUACGCUCCAACAACACACAGGACUGCAGAGCUGCGGGUAUGAGCAGUGUGUCCAUCUCGUGAAAAACUGAGAGCAGGGGACUCAUGACCAACAUGUGGAGUGAGUCAUGGUCGACAGAAAAAUGAGAAGUUCAGGGCUUUACUAACUUUGUGUCAGCUGGUGUCUGUGUUAAGGACCCUGUUGAUGAGACCAGUAAUACUUCUGAAAUAACAGGUUGGUUUGGUGAUUUAAGCAUUUUAAUAACUUUUGGCUGAAAAUAACUACAUCCAAAGUAGAAACACAAAUGAUCUCAUUCUGUGGUGAACAGACUGUUGAGUGGAAACAGGCUUGCAAAACUUUCUCUGCUCAGUAGUUAAUAAGUAAAAAUGUCCGUUCAUGGGUGUUCUUGACAAUCUAUUACUCAAUACUCCAUUAACUAUCAGCAUUGUGAGUCAGGGCCACACAGACUUUUAGCAUGCCUGACCAGGUUUCAAUGUGCCUAAAGCAGGACUGUCUUGGUGGACUAUUGUUAAAGGUUAGACUGACCCACUUAACCACUGACAUUAUCCAGCAGUGGUUCCAUACUAGGAAGCAUGAGUAUACCAGUCUGGUCUGGGAUAGAGGCACCUUCCAUCUAGGGCUGUACGAUAAAUCGAUUUUAAAUCGUGAUCCAAUUAUUUGAUUAUGACGUUGUUAAAAAAAUUUAAAUCACUAAAUGGAUUUUCCUCUCUAUCGUGUCUCACACCUCCAGGCCACCGUAGGCUCCCCCUUUGUGUGAGAGAGCUCCCCAGUUCCCACACACACCAGUGAAAACAGGUGAUAAUUUCGUGGCUAAAGAGGGCAAGAGCGAGUCAGUCGUGUGGAAUUGGUUUUGGACAAAGAUCAAAUCACUUCCUGCAGCAAGGUCUGUCUGAAGGCGGUUCAACCCGUCCACGGAAACAAAUUCUGGAGUAAAUGCAAAUGUUUUUUUGUAGUAUCGGCGUUUCAUCCACACCGAAACAGUGUUUCGGGUGACUGUAAACGGUACAUUUUUUAAAAGGGGUACGAGAGUGCAUUAAUCCAUAAACGACUACCAUUUCAUCUCCGCGUGGAUGCCUGUCUGCAUCUCUCUUGAAACAGUUAUGUUACACACAGCGUAACUCUUUUUUGGCGCCUGUGCGUGUCCAACCGAAACAACCUUGAUACGCACGCUCAAUACUCUUCUUCUGUCUUUUGUGCAUUUUCUGUGUAGCGUUUCAGCACCACUUACUGGCUUGACAUCUUUCUCAGUGGUUUCAUUUUGAGAGAUGAUAGAAAAACUUUUUAUUUUUAAAGUGAAGUUUGGUGAAGUUGUCACUAAAUAAAAAAUCAAAAUCUGAAAUAGAGUUUUCAGAGAAAAAAAAAAAAUAUAUACAUUUUUUUUAAAAAUUAAAAAAAAUAUAUAUAUAUAUAUAUAUUUUUUUUUUUUUGGCCAAAAUCGUGCAGCCCUACUUCCACCCAUGGAAUAAGACAGCUUUGGUAGACAUGUGUUCUGCUGCCACCUGGUCAUCAUCACCUAUCAACUCCUGUUUCCACUGAACUGUUAUUGUGGCACCAGCUCCCUUUCAAGAAAUGGUUGUGCAUGUGAACCAGGGAUGGCCUGUGGUUCCACAAAUGGUCUGGAGUUGAUAGCUAGUGUUAUGGGUUGUACUGACUCGUGUAAGUUACCUUCCACCCGGCAGGCUCCCAUGAAGAGCUCUAUCACCUGAAGAAGUCGCUGUAAUACCUCUGCAUGGCUGUUGAGGCUUUAUGUGCAGAUUUAUAUCACAGUAUUUUGAGGAAAUUUGUGACUUUGACAUGAGGAUGUGAGAAAAUCCUGAAUGUUGAAAUGUUAAUGCGACUUGCAGGCAGCAGCACUAACAGUGUAACAGAAUGAAGAGUAUUUUCAAUCACAGCAGUAACUCUGCUGUUUGCCACUUUGUCACUCUACUGACUAUCACCUAUCAACAUUGUGAGAAAGCGUUUGCCACAGUAAGGCUUAGUGUUCAUGUAACAAGUAACAUUAUAAAGGUCAGAGUAACACUGUUUCUGAAAUGUAUUCUGGGUAAUUAGUUUGCAGCUGCUUAGUGCCUCCAUUGCAGCCACGUUCUUGCUUUAACUGGAACUAAAGCCUAACUAGGAGGCCUGAGAUUUGUAAAUAAUUUUAAAAUCAUGUCAGUGUGUCUUCGGAGAGUCAUCAAAGAUUGAAAUAAAACUAUCAUCUUCCACAAAAGAUCUUGUAUUUCACACGAACUUGUGAAAACCUGACUCUGUUUUUCUUUGUACUUGAAUCUUGAUUUGGUUAAUGGAGGGGGUCAGGACCAAGUUUAAUGACAGACAGAGUGGCCACGUUACCAUGGUUACCUCCUGCACCCAGCCUGCACUGAGGAGGGGAAAUAGAGAGAGAGAGAGAUAGAGAGAGCGGGAGCUGCUGUGCGGCUGGUUGAGACCACUUCACGUUGAAAAACAAUGAAAUGGUUCAGAGUUUGUAAAAGUCAGCUGAGUUCUAGACCCCGUCUCUGUCCUUUACCGCCUGCUGGGGUUUGUCAUCUUCUCUUCUUCAGGUUAUAAAACCUGAUGAUAAUAUUCUUCAGGUUUUAUAAAGUCACUGAAAUGACAAACAUCUCACUUCAAAUAGUUUAACUCCUUGUUUGCUGAUCAGGUGAGAAACAUCCAAACUGAGAGAGUGCAAAAUGAUGGUACCUUAGAUUAUCAUCACCUUCAUCAUGGAAAAACACAGAAACCAUGUUUUACUAUAUUAACACCAUUAAAGAGCUUGCCAGCUUUUGACUCACCUGAUUCACACAACACUGGGUGCAGCAGUGGGGAUGGGUGGGGUCAAGUGUCUUGCUCAAGCACACAUUGGCAUGCAGGAAGUGGAACUUCAUAAACCCCCAACCCCCAUGAUUGGGAGAGGACUGACAGAACAUCCCUUCACUCUCUGGAUUUUAAAACGUGACCUUCAGCUUAGAGGCAGUUUUAAAAACGGUAUAAAUACUGUCUAUGUCGUAUCUUCAACAGAGAUGGGAAGCGAGUUGCCAGGCACAGUCACAAUGCAGGGAGCAGUCGGGGCCAGCCAAGUGAGGAUGGGAGGAGCCAUGCCAGGCCGCGGGGGCAAGAGGAGAUCAGGAGGGUAAGUACACUUACAGCUGAGUUGCUUUUAAAAUGAACCGCUUCAUAAACUCAGACCAAUUGUAACAAUAUGAACACCAGAGUGAUCUAAUACUAUUCAAUACAACAGCUCUACCACUGAUUCUGCUUUGAGGAAGCUUCUGAAUGUUUUUGGUGACAUGGUGAGACGUGUUGUUGGACCUGAUAUUUACUAUGAAAACAUUGUGGGCGGUGGUUGUGUCCUUUUUUUCAAAAAUGAAGACAUAGAAGCUUCUAGAAACUUUGAAUUUGAGGUAGAGCUGUUGUAUUGGGGCUCAAUAGAUUGUCAAGGUGUUCAUAAUGCCAUGGCUGCUUGGUUUGCCUGCGUACUUGUGGUCACGAGCAUCAGCUGUCGUGAAGGUCUCCUGUGUGGGAACAUUACAGUUUUCUAUUAAAUAUAACUAUGGAGUAAGAAACGUGGAUCAGACCAAAGCAGUUUGAGGAAACUGUUCGGCAGCAGUCGGGUACGUCACCAACAACACGGACAACUUGUUGCUCUGUUUUAACGUUUUUAUGGCAGCUGUUCUCUGACCACAUCCAGUUGUUGAGGACACCGGAUUUAAAUACAUAUAUGAAUAAAUAAAUGCUGAUAGAGCUUCUAUUUACAAUAAGCUUUAAGUAUAUUCGCAUAUCAUGACGUAUAUGCUCAUGACCGAUACAUAGCAUUAAAGUAUUUUGAAUUGUAUUUUUGUAUAUUUUUAUUUUCAUGUUUUAUCUAUAAUUUUAUGACAUAAAUCUGAGCAGACUUCCUGAAUAAUCACUGCUGCACUUUGGACCGUGUAAAAGAGAGUUCUGUGAGUUCUUGCUUGAUGAUAUUUCCCGAAAAACAAACUAGUGAAUGUUUUACUUCAGAGGAGAAAAAGUUAAGCAGCAGUCUUAACAAUGCUGAAGUCUAAAGACUGAAACAGAUACAAGUCAAUCCUCUCCUGUCUGCAAGUCUUCAUUAAUUCCUGCAUAGAUGUGCAUAAGGAAUUUUUAUGGAUGAUUUACCUGGAGUAUCAGGAAGUGUAAAGAGCAGCCCAACACAUCUGCAUCCAUGUCUCCCUCCUGCGUUAUGCCUUAAAUACAACCAGUCAGGGUUUAAAGAAAACCACGUCUCAUUAGAUUUGGGGAACAUGGACUUCUUAGCGUGAUUCAAGACAACACAGUCAAAAUAUCCACCCGGCUGCAACGGAGAGUCAACAAAGAACUACAAGCAAAAACAAACCCUCUCAGUGGUAAGUUAGUUGUUUUCAGAUAACAUAUGCUGAGCUGGCUUAGAAAUAUAAAGUAUGAAACAUUUCUCUGAAGUGGAUAAAUGAAGCCAUGAAUGACUUACAACUUUGUAAUGUUAAUUAGAAGCAGCAUUAGCUGGAUAAUAAGUGAAGUUAUUUUGUUCAGGGUAGAAAGAUGCACUUCUGAACUUGUUGAAUGUGUGUAAAAGUGAAGUAAAUCUAGUCAUCUAAAUGAAGAGAUGAAGACGUCUCACAAUAGAAGAAAUCUAAAAAGAUGUUGUUGUGAGAAACUUUAUAAAGCGUCGUAUUUUUUCAGUUCAAUUCUACCUCAUUAUGACUUUACACAGAAUAGCUUAGUCUUAGUCUUGUGAUGACAAACCUGACAAAGAGUCUGCUUUAGUGUUCAGGCAGACUGCUGUUUUUUUUAUCUGAGCUUGUCUCUCGACCUUUUUUUUCCCCAGUGUGUGUCAUAUUUCUUUCAGAUUCCCAGAUGUGUAAAAGCAGAGAGGAAACCACACUCAAGAGAGAGGGAGCAUAAAGAGGCUAUGAAAAUCUCUGUUAACUUUACAUUAAUCUCAAAUUACAUUCUAUGCAAAAUGAUACAUAAUUGAUGUUGGAGUAGGCCAUAAAUUACUAUGAGACUUUUCCUAAUAAAAUACAAAAUAUUUUUCUUUCAUCAAAUAUUUAUAUUUCUACAGGCGAUGUGGGAGACAGAAAAACAGAAGACGAGCAUGAGAGUCCAGGAGAUAAGGACAGAAACUUUUGCAGAGACCCCCAAAUGUGUCUUGUGUUAAUGAAGAUGAAGUUGUCAUGGGUGAAUGUGUUUGUGCACAGAGUUUAGUGUUUGUGUUGUUGCACUUACAGACAGACAGACAGGUUUUCUUCACUUGUAAAAUCAGAUGUAGGACAAAAUAUCUGUUUGACCUUCAAUCGUUGCCCUGACCUGUGUGGUACAAGUGUCAAUACAUCAGGUUUAUAUCUCCUUUACAGGCGCAGCUUAAAUCAUUGAAUGUCCCAUAAAUGUUCAUUUUCUCUCAUAAUUAGAUGAAAAAAGUGGAACUUCUACAUUUUCUAGAUUCAUCACACCUUUACUGUCAGAUUCUGCUCCCCUACUCCAAUCCCAAAUGUACACAAAGCCACUCACACCUUAAUUUGACUUUACAUAACACCAAAUGAGGAUAACAAACAUGAAGCAUGUCCUCCGUCUCAGCCACAAGCUGCAGCAGCAGAACAGAUGUUGUUAAUGUUCCUGGUUUACAGUUCUACAGUAUAUCUGUGAAUUAAAACAGCAGGACUGCAUCCUUGAGUCUGAUUACGAUGAGCAAAGAGAAAAAAAAACACAGUUCAACAUCAUCACUGGAGAUCGACGUUAUGUUUUGUAACUGUGCCGUAUAAUAAACUCUUCUAGAGUUUCAGUGAAAGUUAAUUAUUCAUAUAUCAGGGCAAUAAACGCAGGACAGCUCCCACUUAAGAUGAAAUCUUCUCCGUCUUUCCCCAUUUCAGGGUUUGAUUAUCCCAUAUCGAAAAAAAAGGAAAGGGAAGAAAAUUUGACACAGAGUGAAAUAUUUAAAGACUCUUUGUGUUAAUCCCGAUGAUUACUUCUUUUAUGAACUCAAUCAGAGUGAGAGAAUAAAGGCUUGAUAAACCUUUACAGGUGGGUCAAUCAGCUGAUUAGAGUUUUUUUUUUUUUUUUUUUAAGGACUGGAAAAGGUGGACUUGUUGGGAUGCCUUGUAUUUGUGAUUUUUUUUAACUGUAAGCCACAAUCAUUAAGAUUUAAAGUCUGUAAAUAUUUAACUCUUUUACAUGAUGAACCAGGAACAUAUGAAAGUUUCCUUUUUUAUAUUACAGUAAAAGAUGAAAUUUUACAGGACAUUAUGAUUUUUUUGAGCUGCACCUGUAUUAUAAGUGAAAACAUGACCCCCUGGUAAACAUCAAACUGGUGUAUGUUUUAAAGUUUAAGAAUAAAAUGUGGAGAGGUGUUUAUACAGAGGCUGGUUAAAGUUGUUUAAGCACUUACACGUGUACUGUUUUUUAUAAUAUAUCAGUGUUUUGGAUAUGUCCUUGUACGAUGAUAUGAUUGUUAUUAUGGGCUGAGUAUUAGAUUGUGAUUCACCUGGCAAUUUUCACCCUUAGUUAAAAUAAAUAUGAUUAUCACUGCUCAUAUGUAAAUUACAUAGAAAUUGUAUUUGUAUCAAAUUAGUAAUUAGCAUCGCUUUAUUUUAGUCUAAACCUCAAGGUCUCAUACUGAUGUUAAAUAAAGCAAAAUAAUAAUAAAUUGAAGAAAUCUGUGGAGUUUCAUUCAACAAGGAGUGUCACCAUUUGCCAAUAAAGGUACUCAUUUCUGAGGUAAUUGAUCUUCUGUUUGUAAUAGUAGUGUACAUGAGGAGUGUCCAAACAAUGAUAUAUGAUAUGUAUUAAACAGCUUGGUCAUCUGCUUGGUCAUACUGAGCACUGUUUUGUUGUUUUGGUUGUGUUUUCAGACCAUAUUGGUCAUAACUGGUUAUUUCUUUAACUUAGUAUUUACAAAGAGAGUAGUAUUUGUCUGUGAUGAUAUGAAAUUUAGAGAAAACCUUUUAAAUGUGUUUUCCGUGCUCUCUGUUGUACUUCAGUUUAAACAUGUUUUAAUGCUCUUAUAGUAAGCCAUUAUCAUGUUAGAGGGAGGGGGUACAUGAAAUGUGUAUUUUUGAUGCAUGUGGGUUACUCAAUCAGCAGACAGACAGUAUGUUGGGUGCAGAAUAAUAAAAUAAUAAAAGUGUAGACUAAUGGUGAAGCUCACUGGGAACAUCCAUUCAUAUCACUACUUGUGGAUUUCUUUCUUACAUAUUAUUUCCUAACUUGCUGUACUCAUAAGCAGAUGUUGACCAGAAAAACAUACUAGUUCACUGAAUAAUCAUAACCUAGUAAGAAGUAGAUGUUUUGGAGGGAUGCUGAGGGAUCUUGGAAGUAUAACAAGUUAUAAUCAGCAUAUGAGCAAAUUGACAUGGUUUCAUUCCUAAGUCAGUGCACUGAAACUAAAGAGGUGAUCAUGAGUCCUGUACGGUGUGACGGCGUUAUUUCCCCUUCAAGAGCUUUGUUGGGGAAAAGGACAAGUGUCAGUUUUAUUCCAGAUUGAACAGGUAACAGGGUCAGUGCAGAGGAGAUUUUCAUAUGAGAUAUUUUACAUGUGCUAAUCCAGACCAUCAGUCCCUCAUUGAUGAGCCCGUUCAUGGCAGCCAUCACUUACGAUUCCUCAUUGGUUUUAAACUCCAGGUGUCAGAUGUGUUUCCAUACUGCAUGGAUAAAUGUUAUGUAUGAGGAGGAGAGAUCUUGAUUUAGACUUUUCAUCCACUGUUGGUCGGAUACAGAGAUCAGUCUGAGUGUGAAGGGUGACCCUGUGACUCAGAACUGUGACCUGCUGCUGUGGUCAUAGGAAUCACAGUUCAAUUAUUAAUGAUGUUUCCUGUGGUUGUUCUUCAGAAUGGACUUCGAUGAUGAAGAUGGGGAAGGACCUAGCAAAUUUUCAAGGUAAGACUAUUAGCUACUUGCAGAUACGGUGGAUCCACAUGUAAUGUUCCUAACUCAGCAGACUUCCUAGCAGAGUUUUUCAGUCACUUUUGUUUCAAGUUAUCAGCAGAGAGAAUCCAUCAGAAUAACUGAAGUCUCAAAACAAAUUGGAUCUUUUCUGUUCUCUUUGAAUCCAAGUCUUUUGUAGCACUGUGAGCGUGCACCUAACUAAAAGGUUAAUUUGAACAUGAACUCUAGAUAGUUUCAUAAAGAUCCUCUAAAGCAGUGGUUCUCAAGUCCAGUCCUUGAGGUCCACUGUCCUGCAUGUUUUGGAUGUUUCCCUGCUCCCACACACCUGAUUCAAAUGAUCAGCUCGUUAUCAAGCUCUGUAAUGGCUUAAUAACGAGCUAAUCAUUUGAAUCAGGUGUGUUGGAGCAGGGAAACAUCCAAAACAUGCAGGACAGUGGGCCUGGAGGACUGAACUACUCUAAAGCUGUUUCUUUAAAACCAGCAGAGACCCUGUUUCUUAUCUGCAUGGACACGUCAUGAUUGGUCUUAUUUGUUCCACCAUCUAUAAGCCAUUGGCUGUAUGAUAUGUUUCCUGUAUUAACCAAGGAAUCAAGUCUGUCUCAGUAACUGAAUCCCAAUGAUCCCUCUUGAUUAUUUCAUCUCAGCUGCUCUUUCUUUCUUUUUUCUUUGUUUUUUCUUCAGCCACGUCAUGUUUUGUUGGUCAUGGUGUGCAGAGUGCUGGUGUGUGGUGUAUUUCAGAGCUUUUUCCACAGUAGAGAUUUUGUUUCAGCUAAGUGGAGACAGAAUCAGCUGGACAGGAGGAGCUGCUGUCUGCAGAGGACCAUGAAAUUCACGUGUCACAGUAAAGAGUAGCUGUAAAUAAAACAUGACUUAACAGCAGGGAAGCUUAAGAUUAAAACUCCAAAUGUUUUCCCAUCACAAGACAAGUUUUCUUGUUUUUUUAAUAUAUUGGGAUUUACAACAGCGUAGAUACUGGGCUUGUAAAAGUAUGAAGACUUGACCAGAAACAUGUUAAUUUUACUGUCAGAUUCUGCUCCUCUACACGUUUUGUAACUGUGCUGUAUAAUACAGUUUCAGUGGAAGUUAACACUAAAUAUAUCAGGGCAGUUAAACGCAGGACAGCUCCCACUUAGGCCGAAAUCUUCUAUGUCUAUCCCCAUUUCAGGGUUGGAUUAUCCCAUAUCAAAAAAAGGACACUCUGAAUCCAUCUGUGCUUUUUUUUCUUGCGCUCUAAUGCAAAGACCCUAUGGGAAAGAGAUACAUUUUUUUAUUUCUUUAAAAGAUGUGUUGUUACAGUACAAACAUGAUCAGAUUAAAGAAUCUGUCUUAAUUUCUAUGGUCUCUGUUCUUGUGAACCCCAGUAGAAAAGCCUACCAUACUGUGUUAAUGAGCUGCUCCUUCGUUCAAGAUUUAAAGUUGAUUUAGUUUACUUUAACUGAACUGGACUUCACUUGAAUCCUCAUACUGGUGUCAUUUUCUGCAGCAAAAGGUGGAAUGUCACAGUUAAACAGUAAGUCAGAGGAGAUAAAUUGUGUAUCAUGAUAUAACAGAGAUAUUUAGAUUAUAGUUAUUUGUCACAUUGCUCAGCCCUGUCUGGGACCAUGUGUGGCUGCUUUACUCACCUCACUGAUACUGCAGGUGUAGCUCAUGGAUUUCCUCUUAAACAUGGAGGUCAUCCGGGUCAAGACCCCAUAAGAUUUAAAGACAAAACUCAGUGUUAAAAAACUGAAAAAUCUGAUUUGUUACGCUUAAAUCUUAGACUUGAACAGAAUAUUUCUAUAACAGAAUCACUUUCAUCAACUACAUCUGCUUUUUUCUUUUUCAGUUCUGCUCAUGUCAUUACAACCUGAAACUCUGAAUCAGUCUUUCCUCAUACAUGGAUUUUCAAAUCAAUAAUGCAUGUUUUGAAUAUGGAUGGUGGAGCUGCUGCAUGGUGCUUUCCCCCUUGUGUUUGUCUGAGUUUUUUUGACACACUGUGCCCUCUCUUCUCUGUAGGUAUGACGAGGAUCAGAUUCCUGGUGGGGAUAAGGAGAGAUAUGCCAGGUAGGCCUAGCCAACUGGGGCCUGAGAGGAUUUUCCAUUGACUCAGGGAUCCACAGACUGUCCUACCAGAGCACAUUACAAAUGUCCUGACCUAACCAAAAUUAAAGGCCAACUAAUCAUGAAAGGCUCAAUUUAGGUAGAGGAAAUACCGACAGAAUAAUUAAGGGUCCUGUCAGUGUCAGCUAUCAAUGGAAAAUACUGGAUCAGACUUCAAUACGCUUCUCUCCAGAUCAGGUAUCAGGUCAGGUAUUAGGCAUCAGGACGCGAUUCUUCUGUGGACAUGGAGGAGUUUCCUGAACGAUGAAACAGACGGAGUCAGUUAGGAUAAACUCUUACCAGUCAAGUCAUUAGGUGAAACACUGUGAACAACAGAAUCCAAAGUUGAGCCGUAAUGCAGAAACACGAGUGAGUGAGAGAGUCAAUACUUAGACACAAAAAUGGUGUUUGACUCUGAGCAGGGAACCCCGCUCUACUGGCAUCUUCAUUCUGACCUCAUUUUACUGCAAAUUCAUAAACAUGUGUCUUAUUUUCAUUUUGGGUCAAAAGUUUAAAAACUCAGAUUAAACAGGUUUUAGACUGGUGUCAUGUCUCUGUAAGUCAUUUGGAAAGACUUCUUUGAUUUUGUAGUUCCUUGUUUUUAAUCAUCCAAACAACCAUCUAUAAAUGAACUUCGCUGAGAAUAUGAAGGAGAGUGGCUGUGGAGGUAACUUCCACAGAGAUCCCCUCAAACUCAAAAAUAGCUGAAGGAUGGCUACUCAAUAAAAAGGCGAUCAAAUAUUUGGGUAAGAGUAAAAAAGAUCAUUUGUUACAAUCAAAAAUGCUCCAAACUGGAAAUCAAUCCACAUUAAAAUGAGAUACAGGCAUCGAGGAAGAAAACAAUUCUCAGAUUCACCCUCUGAUCAUUAGUUCAGUCAAGGUUGGUUGAUGGUUUUGAGGCUGUCCCUUCUCUAAGACCCUAACUGCUCUUUUCACUGUUUUAGAGAGAAUCACAGUGAAAUUGAGCGACGCCGGCGCAACAAAAUGACCCAGUACAUCACUGAGCUGUCAGACAUGGUCCCCACCUGCAGUGCCCUGGCACGAAAACCUGAUAAGUUGACCAUUCUGCGUAUGGCGGUCUCCCAUAUGAAAUCCAUGAGGGGCACAGGAAACACGUCCACCGAUGGCGCGUACAAGCCCUCCUUCCUCACUGAGCAGGUACUGUGCUGGCAGACACCUUGAGGUGUAUCACAGAGGACAUGAGGUUAAACAGAUGUGCUCAAAGCAGCUUUGAAUGAUACCAAAAGAAAUCCGAUUGGAAUUUAAUGGGUUAACCAUCUCAGGAAACAAAUGAAUAUUUUCUGUUUACUCCUGAUUAGGGAUUAGAGUGUGGAGCUAUUAAAAUAGCACAACAAUCCUGUUACAACUUGAAAUGUAACAGGCUGCAACCGGAGUGACCAAAGCUGCUCAGGAACUUUAAAAUUAAAACUAAAAUAUGUUUGACAUGAGAAAAUUGGAAAAUUACAAGGAGAGCAGACAGAUUUAAUACUAACCAACAAAACUGUGAUUAAAGUGAAUGUAAGGCCCAAGCUAGUGUGUAUGUAAGUUUACAGGCAGUUUAAUGGUGCGUUCCAGUUGUACUUGGUAGUCAGGAUUUCUGAGCUCCGAGUUGGAAAUUCAUGUGGAACGCCCCCCUAAAGUCAGAUUUCCAACUCGGAAAGUCGAUCCUCACCAGUGGCGAUUGCUCUAAGACUGCAAGGGAAGCUCAGCUUCCCUUAAAAUGUCACCCCCCAAAAAAGAAAAAGUGGUGAAAUACGUACUGCUGUGUGUACAUUUCAUUAACUAAAUACGCGCUAGAAAGCCUUCAUCUUUUGUUCAGAAUCAGCUUCUUAUCACACUGUGAUAAGAAGCUGAUUCUGCACAACUUUGUUCUCAUUCAUCCUCGCAGCGCCUCAGCGCUUUAAACAGCCGGACGCUGGGCUUCUGCUGACUUCAAUGUGGAAGCUAAAAGUGGGUUGUUCCAGCAGCGAAACUAGACGCUCAUUGGAUAAAUGCUGGGCUUUGUCCCGCCCAUCGGACGCUCGGCUUCUCUGGAGUUCUAUGGCGAGAGGGCGGUCCCGACUUUCUCCUGGACUCUGAACUUCUGUAUCCAUGAUUGGAUGAGCUGUCUGAGGCGAAAUCCUUUUUUGAUUGACAGAUAAACAAGCGAAUCAGCGAUCUUGAAGAAUAAAACAUCUACCAGAGCAUUUUCCAAGUUAUUCAUUCAGUUGUUCUUAACUGCUCCAGAGACUUUACCGAUCCUCAGCGACUUUUGUCUUUGUUAAAAACGACUGCUGUUGUGUUUGGCGACUCUGUUCUGUUACAUACAAAUAAACAAAUACAAUUAUGAUGUAGGCCAGAAAAAUGAGCUUCCCCUCCUUGAAAGACCAGCAGCCGCCACUGAUCCUCACCAACCCCGACUUGAAGACAACGUCAUAAUCCAAGAUGGCAACACAGUGCAUCAACAGUAAAGAGUAACAGUAAAAGCUCUCGUUAUUUAUUAGGACUUCUGUUUUGUUUUUGUGAAAUUAAACAAGUGGUAUAUGUUGUACUGCUCAAUGUCUAUCUGUGAACACGAUGCUACGGUGUUUGUAAGAGUAAAAUACUGCAUUAUGCGUUGUUUACAACUGCUAUAGCUAACAACAACUGACAGCGGCUAACAAAAGCUGACAAUUGUUAACAAUAGCUAACAACAGUAGGCGUCCAUCUUGUUUUUCCGACUUGUUUACUGGAACGCCAUCAACUCGAGUGUGUCGUCAUUCCCAGCUCCGACAUCUGUGGUAACUGGAACGCAGCAUUAAUACACCUUUAUAAACUAGCUCAAUAUGUAUGUUUUCAGUUAUUGAGGGUGAAGGUCAAAGGUACAGUGUUUAUUCAGUAUCGCCCAACCCUUGCUCUUGUUGUGAUCAGUGAUGAGAUAGUGUCCAUCAAACAGCUGAUUAUAGUGAGGUCACUGUCCAGACUGUAACCCCUCUGCUUUGUAUUUCCACACCCUGCAGGAACUGAAGCAUCUGAUCUUGGAGGCAGCAGACGGCUUCCUGUUUGUGGUCGCUGCAGAAACAGGCCGGGUGAUCUACGUGUCAGAUUCUGUGACGCCCGUGCUGAACCAUCCUCAGUCAGAGUGGUUCGGCAGCACGCUGUACGAACAAGUGCACCCUGAUGAUGUGGAGAAGCUGAGGGAACAGCUGAGCACCUCAGAGAACUCCAUGACAGGUACAAGGCACACGGUUCACAAGACCACCUCUGAACUCAUCAUCUUUAUUGACUUAUUAAUGGUCUGCUAUUAAUUUUACUGAAGCAGCCGUGACUUCUUCCAUAAUACACACACACACACACCGGCUCACUCCUUUUUUCUACCAAACUUUGUCAGUCUAGUGUUGUCUAGCUCUUGUUAUCAGUCAGGGCUGGGCGAUAUGGCCUCAAAUCAAUGUCUUGAUAUAUUGAGCAGUUCACCUCGAUAACGAUAAAUAGACGAUAACUACUCCACGAGCUGCUCACCCCCUCCCACAUUAACUUUGUCUACUCCAGCCACUACAACUUUUGAACUGUCCUCCAUCUCCUCACCUGUCUUUCCCUCUUUGUUAAGGACUGGAUGGGGUGGAGUCACGUCUCUGACGUAGGACAGCAUCUUAAAAGGACGAGAUCAUAGCCCACCUACACACAUCCAAAACAAACUUUUAUCUCUUGUUGACUUGACUCGGAAUAUAUUGACAUGGGCAAAAUGACAUUGGUUAUUGUUGUAGAUCUCGGUAUCAGUAAAAUUUCGGUUUAUCGCCCAGCCCUGGUAUCGGUGCCAUUCAGAGUCCAGAUGUCGGUUAUGGGACUGUAAUCAUUGGAUCAGUGCAUUGCUGGUCUCGCUCAAACCCAGUAAUACCUUUCAUAUCAAAGCUGAUUUGUUCAGAAACCCCCACUCUGAACUAUGAUCGGCUCAAACAACAUCUGUAUGAAGUCAGUUGUCUGCUGAAGAAUAGAUAACCAUUACUGUGAGGGUGAGUUCACUGAUAGCACCAUGAUUUGUCAAACCUGGUUUGUUGGUCUUUGGCUGAUGACGAGCAUACCUCUGCUUGUAUCUCUUGGCACACCUGGUCAGAUUCUUCCUUCCUGUUUCUUCAGUGGUGGUUGGUAACCCUUUGAAACCUUGACUCAGUUGUUUGUUACUCCCAGGAUGUCUUCCUUAGCCUCUGUGAGCUCACUUCUUCUUUGCUCCAGGAUCUCCAUUUCUAUUUUCACUUUGCUCUGCGCUAUGAGUACCAAAAUUAUCUUGUUCAAUUUAGUUUCUCUUUACGUCACCUAUCUUUCUGAUAGAUGGCUGAGGGCCUGGCAAAUAUAUCAGGAUUCAUCCAGUGCAGGUCUUUUCAUGCAACGUAACAUUUUUUGUACUCCUAAAAGUGAUCUUUUUCACGUAACUGUCAACAGUCUAUGCUUCUGUCUGUCAGUUUUUGACUAGUCCAAUUCACACACCUCUGGGUACAGCCAUCAGGGGCUGGUGGGCAUGUAGACAGCAGGGUCUGGAAUCAAACCCUCAACCUUGAAAUUGUACCACUGAGUCACAGCUGCCCCUUAUAUGUUUGUUUUCCUGUUUAUGUGCCUACAGCAGAGGCUCUACCAGGUGAAGCAGCCAGAAACAUAGUCAGCAAGAACAUUCUGGCCAACUACUUAAUAAGGUUUAGGUUUGCAGCUGAGCAGUCCCAUAGAAGCCCAUUCACUCUUCUCAUUUUUCUGCUUUCAAGGCAUCAAAUUUCUUGACUUGAAGAAGUCACCAGCUCAUUGUUACCUUCCUGCUGAUGUCACCUUUGAAUUUGUAUUUCUGUGUGUGUCAUCAGGACGGAUUCUGGACUUAAAGACAGGAACAGUGAAGAAGGAGGGUCAGCAGUCGUCCAUGAGGAUGUGCAUGGGCUCCAGACGCUCCUUUAUCUGCAGAAUGAGGUUUGUAUGGGUGUGUGCAUCAGUGUUGUGUUGGUGUACCUCUGAUGUAGGGUUCGAAGUCCUAACCAAACCAUGUGUUGGAUUUGAUGACUUUAGUUGUUUCAUUAUUCUGUGCCUCAUAAAAUUGGUGUUUAAUGGGACACGUUGCACCCACUCAGAGCAAGGUGCGAGAUUUAACCAUCACUUCCUGUGUGUCGAAUGUGGAGAAAUCAGGCUGCAGAUAUAAAGUAAUUUAGUAACCCUUCCCCCCCUCCUAUGUGGUGAUAAUAGAGGGUUGUCUGAGUAAAAUGUUUAGACCCUUCGUGUAUGAAGACAGCGGCCUGUUCCUCUCUCUGUCAGUGCAGGAAGUUAGCAGUGCACCGUCUGCACCGCAGGAUGGUGUUAAUGAGUCACAGAUAUCUCUUCACAGUCUUUGAACCUUAUUAUUACCUGCUGUAGAUGUCAUGAUGACUUUUUAAGACGUGCUCCUGAAUUUGUUGAACAAUUUGCACAUGGAGUAUCAAGUAGACCAUUUUUAUAUCUCUCUCUUGGCUGUAAUACUCAUAGCUAACCGACUACAGAUAAAUGUUUUUAGUCAGUCCCCUUGGAUGUUUGUUUUAGCUUAAAGUCUAAGUGUAAAGGUCCUUACAUACCGGGAACAAUGCAAAUAUACGUCACGAAUUUACAAAAUAUUCAGAGGCGAAUUUUGACGCGCCUGACUAUACACAUCAAGCCCGAUGCGAUUUUGCGACUUUCCAGGGGGAAAAAGAUGCAUCCCGGGUGGAAGUGAGAAGACUGACACAACAGCAGACUGACUUUUUCAGUUCUGAUUAGACACUAGUGUUGAGAUGGCUGUUUGUCAUGAUAGCAUGUACUGAGUCGGGGCCAGUACCAGAUAAGCACAUUAAACUAUAAUCCAUAAACGUAAGGUAAGAACCGAGACCUAAUGGUGCUGUGAAAGCAACGUGAUUAAGUUUGAGACAGUGAAAAUACAUAUGGUAUGUUGUAUCUGAACAGGUUAGCUUACGAGCUAAAGUGACUUAGCACAGAUGAACGUUAAAACAAAGACGUUUAGCAAACUGUUAAGGCACACAAACUAUCGUCAUAUUAGAGAUCUGACGCUAUGACUCUCCACAAGUUGACCUUCAGGUCGUUAUCUUUCGUGAUCUGAAAAAAUAAAUGCCGCAAUAGCGCAGGACGGGAAAACGACGCUGAUGUGAACGCUUGUUUGACAGGAUACGGGUUCACGCAAACAUACGGGCUCAAAAAAAUAUUGAAAUCCGAAAUAAUCACACGAAAAAAAUGCUCCCGGUGUAAAAGGACCUUAAAGCUUAAAUCCUGACUCUUGUACAGCUUUGAUCGUUUGAUGAAGUGUAAUGAAAUAAAGAGUGAUUUGAGUGUUUUUGUCUUUCUUGUUGACUAAGUUACACAAAGUUGUGAACAGCCUCAGCACACACAGCUACCUUUAUAGGUUUAGCACCAUUGUUUGAAAUCUUUAAAAUCCUUCUUACUAAUAAACAGCUGAGAGACAUUGGACAUAACACCAUUGACAGUGCACUACAGGCAAAAUUACAUCAAGAAUAACAUAUAUUUGAUAAAAACUUUCAUAACUUCUGAGUCAUCGCAGAUGUGCUGAUUUCUGUGGGAUGUGAAGUUUGCUCUGGGAUUCAUGUGGUAUUUCUCUGCAGGUGUGGCAGUGCUCCCCUGGACCACAUUUCUCUCAACCGUCUGUCUAACAUGAGGAAGAGAUACAGGUACAAGUGCUUCUCUGGGGGCACAUUCAAGUCGGUUUUUACAGAGAUUCUGGGCUCAGUUUUUAAACCUCAGGUAUCUAACGUUGAUGGGUGUGUUUUUGAUUGAUAGGAAUGGACUUGGACCGUCAAAAGAAGGAGAGGCUCAGUACUCUGUGGUGCACUGCACGGGUUAUAUCAAAGCCUGGCCCCCUGCAGGUAAAACAACACACAGUCUUAUUCAAUCUCAAAUCAGUCUCAGUCUGGAGCUCAAGUCCUGUUCCCUUUUGGAGCAGAGUUUAUGUUCCAUCAGGGUCUUUCCUUUUUGUCAUUUGAAAUUUUGUUCUGAAAUUGGAGACAGAAAGUGAAAUGUCAAGAGGAGUAUCUUUGAAAAUAUCAAUAAAAUUUGCAGUCACUGCAGGAUAGAGUUUCCUCUAGUCAGCUCAGUCUUUUCCUGUUGGUUAAAAUCAGUCACAGUAAAAAAGACACAGAAAUGAUCAGUUCUGGGGAGAUGAAGCCCCAAACAGAUACCUCCUAUCUCAAAGACAUUGAAACUGUCCGUGAAGUUCAUAUUGUGGCACCACGAUACCAGGAGGACAGUCAGGCUAAGAAGCCUGUUGAACCAUCUGAUGCCCUUGCCACAGGUGGGUCCAGAAAUGUAAACCAGAGUGUUGAACUGUCUGACAGUGUUGGAGAGGUUUUGGAAAUCCUGUCUUAGAGGUUCUGACAGCUGUUUGAAGGUGUCGUGGGCACCAGUGUGGACUAUGCUGUCAGCCUCAGAACAGUGGCACUGAGGAACAACAGAGUGAGAGCCCCUCAAGACCUGCACAUACCUCAUAAUGGAGUCCCUAAUAAUGAGGGUUGGUGGAGGUGCUGUCUAAUGGCGGUCAGAAGGGUGCGUGGCCAUCAUCGGGGCUAAGUGGUCGGGUGGCAAUUUCUGGACUGGACUGUAGAGGGUGCCCUUCUGCCUCCAUGUGGACGACCCCACAGGAUUUUCUCCUCAGAUUUCAUUGAUAGAAUGAAGUGGAGCACUGGAGCUGACAUUGUGAUUGAUUUGGUUUAUGAUCUGCCUCAAACACGAAUAAUCAGGAGACUUAAUCCAACCCGUCGUGUUAAACUGUGGUCAGAGUGUUCGCUGGUUACAAUAAACAUCAUACCUGUGUUGGCCUAAAAAGUCUUUCUUUUUUGAUCUGAAAUGACAAACUUCCAACUGGCUCUACUGUCCAGGAAUUUCCAGGAAUUUGGGUUGGAAUAAAUAGUCACUGUGGAGUUGUAAAGAGUAGUGACUCAAAUGUUUACAAUCCCAUUGGUUUUAUUGAAAUUGCAUUUGAAAUUUUAAAAUCUAAACUUCUGUCCUUUUCUCUUUCUUUAGGUAUGACUAUACCAGAUGAAGACACAGAGGCAGGACAGACUGGAAAAUACUGCCUAGUGGCCAUUGGAAGACUUCAGGUUAGUGCAGCUUUACCUCCGAUGAAACCUGUAAGAUGCAUCAAUUCAACAAACGGGUCAAGAAUCUCAGUUUUUAGACAGCUGAGGCUCACUUUGUUUCAAUCUUUGUGGGUUUUUUUUUUCAGAUUGUAGCUUUCUGUAUUUUUUUAAUGGCUUUGAGGAAUAACACUUUAACCCAGUGGUUCUCAAGUCCAGUCCUCGAGGCCCACUGUCCUGCAUGUUUUGGAUGUUUCCUUGCUCCAACACACCUGAUUCAAAUGAUUAGCUCGUUAUUAAGCCAUUACAGAGCUUAUCUGAGUAUGAGGACAGUUCAGUUACUGUUCAAAUACUCACCAUUUGCACUCAGGGCUGUUUUUUUUCUCAAACCUCUUCAUCUCUAUGCCUCAGUUAUUCUGUCUGUACCCUCCCUCAGGUGACCAGCUCUCCUGUCUCAAUGGACAUGAAUGGCCUGUCGGUGCCCACAGAGUUCCUGUCGCGUCACAACUCGGAUGGUGUCAUCACUUUUGUAGACCCACGCUGCAUCAAUGUCAUUGGUUACCAGCCUCAGGUAAGAUAAAGGGAGAGGGGGUGACCGGUGGGUGUGGGCCUCUUCUAGGGUGCCUGACCUAUAAUGGGGGAAUAAUUGGGAAGAGUUUGAAGAACAGCAUUUAGUGUGAUUUACUUUUCAAAAAUAGGUGCACACCACUAUAGUUAUUGUGUGUAAAUGUUGAGCUAACAGAAAAAUGUGUGUCCAGUAUAGUUGUAGAGAUGCUCGACACUAACUCUUUCACAAGGAACUUAUGCUCCUAAAUUGAAAAAGUAAGGAUCACACAAAAAAACUUUAGGGGCAGGAUGAAAAUUAAUCAAAUAAUGUUUGUCUUAUUGGUCGACAUAAGUACUUUUAUUUGAAAUCCAUUUUAGGUCUUUUGUUCACAUGACAUGGAAGCUAUUGAAGAAAAUGUUCAAAAUUUGCCUUUGAAUUUAACAUAAAAAUGUUUACAAGACAAAUUAGGGAAAUAAAGAGGUGUGUCUAUUGUCCUAUCUUAGUACUAUUAUUUGAAAUUGAUUGGUCACAUGACAUGGAAGCUAUUGAAGGAAAACAGCUUUUUUGAGAACAUCAACCGGUAAUUUAUUGAUGGUCCCUUAUUUAACACCCGACUUUGACAGCGAGGGUGCAGAGUAGAUUUAAUCGCGCUGAUGUUGCUAUUCCCAGUUAUGGAGAGUGAGAAGAAACCAGUGGAUCUGCAGUAAAUGUCUGUUGAAUAUCCAACCUUAAACUAACUUCACCGCAGUAUUUACAUGAAAAAAAAAUGUGUUGCCUCGGCUGAUUUUUUAUGCGCACAUGUCCCUAAAUACAUUUUACAAUUCGCACACAAAUGCGAGUGAAACGGUCGCACUGUUGAGCCCUGAGAUUUCAAGUAUCAAGCCUUAUUCUUGGAGGAAAAACCAGUGAAUAAAUGAAAAACUGUAUGAACAAAACCAAAGUGACCCCAGUCUACUUCCGCAAAAACACAAAACCCCAAAAUAAGUUUUUUUGUAGUCUGUGAUUGAAAUACAAUUGAAGAACUGACAGUAUUUGUGCAGCCUGUGAGCAUGGGUGCAGCAAACAAAUCACCCCCAACAAACCGAUACACACAGCAUCUGAUUCCUGAGACAGAGGGUCACAGUAACAGGUAAAAAGUUCUGUAACCAAGUUAGUAGAAUAAUUACUUUUAACAAACAUCCUUGUCCAGCUCUUGAUACAUCUGGAUAUCAUCAAAAAUAUUACCUGACAAAUUGAAUAAAUAAAAUAAAGCUUUUAAUGCUCCAGGUUUCCUGGGGGUGGACCUCACCACAACACUGAGUAAAUAUCAUAUCGUCAUGCUAAAUGAAGGAGCUCGAAGCCUUCUUUCCCUGGUUUUAUUCGCGAUUUUAAGAUACUUUUUUAUUGCUCAAAAAGAUAAAAAGAGCAAAUAUGCCAAGAAACUAAACUUGGACUUUGCUGCCUUCUGCUGUUCUACUCUGUAAUUUAUUUUUGUUUUAUUAUUUUGCUGCUCCAUUCAAUGUUGAAUCUAAAUGCCUGAUAAAAUGUAUCUUUCGCACCUUAUCCCAUCUGCAACUGUUUGGUGUUGUAUUUGUUUUGUUUUUACUUCAAAAAUCCCCUUUUGUCAUGUUUUUGCACUUUCAUACUGUACUCAGUUUUCAUCUGUAUUACUAUUAUUGUCAUCCUCUUUGAGAGUUUGUGUUUUCAGUUGCUCAACAAAUAAAUAAAUAGAUAAUAAUUUUUAAAAAAUAACAACAUUGGCUUCAGGCCAAAAAGAUUGUAUAAGCCUGACCACAAAAGAGAGAGAGGAGGUGUCUCAUGUUAAACCUCCUCGUGUGAAUGUGGUCUUUAUCAUUUUACUUUUUUUUAGUAUCUGCUCAUUUCCCCCAGACAGAAGUUUCUUUUAAGGUUUUACAGUUAGGUGUUCAUAACUACAUCAUGAAGCUGAUGGAGCAAAGCUGUCCCUUUAGCACAAAAUAGGAAUUUUUAAGUAAAAAAUGAUGAGUAUAAUCCUGUUUGUUUCUUACUACAUAAUUCCAUAUGUGUUCCCUCAUAGGGUUCAAAGCUUUAUUUUAAAUACUUCAGCCACUUUACUUCGAACAGUUUCUGAGGGGAUCUGUUAUGAUACCCUGUGUUUGUUUCACCAGAACCUUUUCAAUGUUUGAUGAAGUGCUUAAACGUCUGUGCAGCUUGGCUUAUGUGUUCACAACAGAAAAGGUGUUGUAGCUUGAAUUAGAAACAUUUUAUUUACACUUGACCCUGUCCAGAGAAGAAAAGAUAAAUUUCCUCAAUCAGGAAACAACCAGGACAACAGGCAGCUUUUACAAACCCCAGUGAGCAAAGUUCCUGAAGGCCGACAAUGAUAAGGAAGAAAAACUGUUCCUACCUGUUUAUUGUCAUGGUGACAUGGACCUCUUUCUUGAUGAUGGAUCCUCGUUAACUUUAUAUUAUCUCGUAGGACCUGCUGGGGAAAGACAUCCUUGAGUUCUGCCACCCUGAGGACCAGAGCCACCUGAGAGAAAGUUUUCAGCAGGUAGGAAAGGUGUUCAAUACUUAACUGGGGAAAAAAAAGGAAAACUAAAUCAGAUUAAUUUACUUUGUAACUGAUCAGAAACUCCAGAUGACACUUUUGAAAAACUGGGGAGCAAAAGUUUGGACUGGAUGAGUGUGUUGAAGAAGGUUGAAAAUUAACUAAGUGUGCUUCCCAAUUUACAGAGCAAACUGUCUAGACUUGGCAUCUUUCUCGGGUUAUGUUUUUAUUUCAUUAGAUGUCUAUGAUUAGAGUCUGUGGGUCUCAGAAACAAGUUGAUGUGUGAACUGUUUGCAGAAGGGAAUGAACACGUAUUCAUCAAUAUUUUAGCAGCUCUGAUCCGUUUUAGAUACUAACAAAAUCCAUACCUGCUCAUGACUAGACUCACAGUUUUUCUGUUAAAAAUGAAAUUAGCAGAAAUGACAAAUUCACGUAGUUUUGUGCCCUGCUGUGUUCACACUGGACAAAUUGAAUUGAGGCCUGUGAUUUUAACAUAAAUAUAAUAAGUUGGCAGUUAGCAGGUUAAAGCUUCAGAUGAGGUUUAUUAAGAUACAAGUGUUUUCUACAUCACAAUAGUUCUAUCAGAGUAAUGAUAUUAACAUACAAAUGUUAAUAGUAAGCAAAUUAGAAUAAGAAAUAAUAACAGUACAAAGGUCAGAUUAUGAGAAAUAAAGAUAUUUACAAAGUGCACAGUGUUUAAGAAAUAAGUUUAGCUUAGAAAGGACAGAUAGACACACAAAUUUAAACAUACAUACAUCAUACAUACAUAGAUAGAAAGAUUGAUGUCAGACUAUGAUUCGUACCUUCUGAAGACCUCUAGACUCACAGCAGUUAACUGAGUUAACUGUAUGUUUUGGUCCCUCUGCAGGUGGUGAAGUUGAAGGGUCAGGUCCUCUCUGUCAUGUAUCGUUUCCGGAUGAAGAACAGGGAAUGGAUGCUUAUCCGAACCAGCAGCUUCACCUUCCAGAACCCGUACUCUGAUGAGAUCGAGUACAUCAUAUGCACCAACACCAACGUCAAGUAGGUCCAGGUUCAUUCUUUCUGUGUGCAUCUGUAAGAACACUCUACGGCUCAGUUCAGGGGGCGCUAUGGCCUUUUCAGCACCUGUAUCACACUCUGAAACUUCCUGACCCCGAGUACAAAGUCUGUGUGUGAGUUGAGACUUUUGGACCACAAAGCAGAUCACUGCCUAAGCCUGUGGAGUGGGCAGGCUUAAGCAUGUAGCUCCCUGUUACUUUGACUUAAUGGUUGGCUUGUAAUGUUCAGCACUGCCCUGCACCAGCUAUGAGAAGAUUUAAACUUAGUUCAGACAAGGGUUCAGAUGAAGGAUGGAGUUUGAUGUUGUAUGUGGUGUAGCAGCUAUGUGAGUUCCAACAUCAGUACAAUUAUUAAGUUCAUAUUUCUGACAGUAUUUUGAACAACAGAGUGAUGGUUUGUUAUUGUUAUUGUAUUUGUAGUUUAUAAUUUCUUUAUCUUUGUAUCAGAGGGUUUGUUUACCCAGUCUUACAGGGUUUGCUUUUAAAGUUUGGUGUGUUUGGUUUUUGCAGGCAGCUCCAGCAGCAGCAACAAGCAGAGCUGGAGGUUCACCAACGAGAUGGACUGACUGCCUAUGAUCUUUCCCAGGUAACCCCCCUCAUCCUCUUCACCUGGUUCCAAGGAUGUCACCUCUCCCUCUUGAGAAACAGGACUCAAUUUCCAGAUAUCAGAUGUUUAAGAGCCAUUUUUUAUAACGGUUCAUUUGGACACAAGUUUAAGAUGCUGUCCACUCUGAUUUAGGUGCCUGUGGCCAGUGUCACCAGUGGAGUGCAUGAAGCAGGGAAAAACAUCGAUAAGACAGAGGCCCUGUUCUCACAGGAGAGAGAUCCACGCUUUACUGAGAUGUACACCGGCAUCUCUGGCUGUACGAUACACAAACACUCAGACAUCUGAACUCCACACACACUUAUAUCCAAACUGUGUCUUGUUUAGCGAUAUACUUUCUGUUUUUGUCUCAUUCGAAGCCUCCUCCCUGUCUCUUUCAUAUAACUGACUUUUGUGUUCGUCAUGUAGCUGGAGAUAAGAAGAUGAUGGUUCCUUCUUCUACUGCUGGAGGACAGCAGCUCUACUCACAGAGCUCCCCCUUCCAGCAGGGACACUCUGGCAAAAGCUUCAGGUACAUGCGCGAUUACCCUCUGUUCCUUAUUUGCAGGACUUUCUUCUGUCACAAGAGUUUUUACCUUUUGAGAGAAUUGAAGACAGAUGUGUGUUUGCUUGUGUUUUACCCACAGUUCCUCUGUGAUCCAUGUCCCUGGUGUGAAUGACAUUCAGCAGUCGGGCUCAUCCAAUCAGAAUCUGGCACAGAUCACCAGACAGCUCAACCCAGGUCAGGUGGCAUGGUCAGGAAACCGGCCUCCCUUCUCUGGACAGGUAACAGAAAGAACACACACACACAUUCUAACGCACACAAACACACACUUCGGUCCAGCUGUGUACUGGGCCUAUGUACUUCUUUGUGCCUUAUUUUACUCUAUAAAUCCUCAUUAACAGAAUUGAAGUCAUUUUAGGCUCUGAAAGUGUUUAUUUGUUCUUGAUAAGAGCUUGUUUAUAUUCGUAUAUAUGUUAUCUGUGUUCGUGCUCUACAGUCUAGUAAAACCCAGUCCAGUCCAUUCGGUAUUGGUUCUGGUCACAGCUACCAGACUGACCCUGCCUCCUACAGUCCCCUGUCAUCCCCGACCACAUCCUCACCAAGUGGCAACGCUUACUCAGGACUGACAAACCGCAGCACAGCUUUUGGUGAGCACAUCUUUGGUUUUCAGAGGAUCUGUUGUGACAGUCCACCUGAGUGGUACAGUGGGGGUCCAGUUCUGUUUCUUUGUUUGGGUUUAAGAAUACCUCUAUGAACACUGUAACUGAGUGAAAGACAUGCAAUAUAAAACAAAACAUUAAAACAAAAACGUGACAACUAUUAUAAAAACAAACAUCUACGAGGAACAGCACUGGACCCGAUCAUCUCCAGAUUACAGUCUGAAAAAAAGUGCAGAAAUAAAAUAACUUCAGAUGAUCCAACUGACUUUCCUCUGGAGUAGACAUCCACGGGGUUGUGUUUUGCAGAGCUGGCCUCAUUUGUGAGUCCUUUCUUUGUUGUCAGAUGUGUCCGGGGAGAGCAGUCAGAGUGGAGCCCAGUUCCAGGGACGUCCUAGUGAGGUCUGGUCUCAGUGGCAAAAUCAGCAUCAUUCCCAGCAGGCUGGAGAACAGCACACACACCCCAACCCCAGCCAGACAGAAGUCUUCCAGGUGAGACACACACUCACACUUGGCUUUGUUGAUGAUGUGAUGAUGUAGAUUUGAAGAUUUAGUAGGUAUGCCAGGCCAGUAGCUCAUGGUGUAAUGUUACAGUAGAAUCAGAAUCAGAUGUGUAGAGAUAAUCAGCUCUAACACUAUGAAAGGACACUGGCAACCCCAGUGUCUGCAGUUUCCUCAGAACUCCAGUGAACACAGCAGAGCAACACUCAUGAAUAAAAAGUUUCCACUCUGAAACUGUUUCAAACGUGUUUUUCUAGCUGCUCCAGACGCCAUCACUGUGUUAAAGGGAUAUUUCAGCGUAAAUUUAAGUUAUGGUGAAACACACAGUAACAUCAAGUUAGACACCCCCUUGAGAGAUGAAUGUUGACGACCGCUUGCUUCUCUAGUUGUACCAACUUUAGUAAUAACCACACGAUAGCAAUACACAGCAGUCUGUGAACCUCAACCAAAACACCACUCUAUAGCCACAAAUAAUGCUCAGAACAGCACCUAACUUCAUCAACAGUACAUAUAGGGUCCCAGCCAAAGUACUAGCCACCAAACAUCUUUUUAGCUUUGCCUGAUUUCUUUAGCAAAGAGACUAAACACAACUCACCCACUCUCUUCCAGCAGCUGCUUGUUUGUGGGGGAGCCCUGACGACUCAAUCGCUGAGUGCAGCGGAGUUUCACAGCUCAAGAAAGAACUUUUAUGAUUAUUACUUAAUGGAAAUGUAAACAGACCGAGCCGCUAAGGCAGAAGAACUACUGCGUCUGCAGUGCAAAAUUAUUAUUAUGAUGAUUAUUACUUCAUGGAAAUGAUCCACUGCACUCAGUGAUCAACUUGUCAGGGCUCUCCCACAAACAAGCGGCUUCUGGAAGAGAGUGGGUGAGUUGUGUUUAGCCUCUUUGGUAAAGAAAUCAGGCAAAGCUAAAAAGAUGCGUGAUGGCUAGUGCUAUGGCUGUGACCCUAUAUGUACUGUUGAUGAAGUUAGGUGCUGUUCUGAACAUUAUUUGUGGCUAUAAAGUGGCUUUUUGGUUGAGGUGUGUGCAUGGAUCCAUAGUCCACUGCGUAUUGCUAUCGUGCGGUCGUUACUAAAGUACGUAAAAUUGGAGAAGCAAGCGGUCAGCAACAUUCAUCUCUGGAGGGGGUGUCUAACUCAGAAUAUCGCUUGAAGGACAGGCCAAACCUUGACCUGUUGAUGUUGAACACAUCUGCAUGUUAAACAGCCUGUAAGACCCUCUCCUGUGGUGUUUAGAGGGCUGACUGCUGACACGAGUGUGCUACUAAUCCUCAGCAUAAUCAUGACAACUUCUCCUUAUUUUGGCAGGACAUGCUACCCAUGGCUGGUGAUCCCACACAGGGAACCGCCAACUACAACAUUGAAGAUUUCGCUGACCUCGGCAUGUUCCCGCCCUUCUCUGAGUAACCUCCCCCACCUCCCCGGCAUUUCUCUCCCUCUCAGAACUGGACUUAGGUUCAUCUCUCAUGUCGUCUCAUCAUUGUAAACAGCCAAGACUCAUCCACCGAUGUGGAGCUGGGUCAAGUGGAUGCACUCGUCAUUUGCGCACGGACAAAAACACGGUCCACCAAUGCUUCAGCUGCAUUACCUUUGGUAUGUAUUCGUUAACAUCAGCAUCACUCGACUCUGAAAAGAAGAACUCUACGAUCAAUGCAAGGAACUACAGUGUUGGAGCUCUACGGACAAAAGUCUCAGGCCCUUUGAACAAACAGUGUGUGGUGUUCACGGUGACCAGAGGUGGCUGGUUGAUAUGAAGGUGUAUGAAGAGGACCAAAAUUUAUGAUUGUACUAAGGGCUGGAUACACUACACCCCACAAUGUACAGAACUGCAUGAGUGUCCACUGUUGUCUUUGUCCUUGUCGUUUAGAUUAUGUUUAGUUUGAGAUUUGAUUAAUUACAUCUGAGUUAAUAUCAGAGAGGAAAUCAGCUUUUUACCAAUUUACUUUUUUCCACUUUCUAAACUUAGUAGCAGUCAUUAAUCCUUUCCUGACAGAGAUGCCUCUGGGGUCACAGGCCAGUUUUGGAGUAGCGCCAUGGAGCCAGAAGUUGGUAUUGAACGGGUCUGCAGCAUAACGGUGUUGUAGUAUAUCUCCCAGAGUGAAGUUCAUCUGUUUGUUUGAUAGAUCUCAGUUUGGUACACGGAGGCUUCACUGGCUGACUGUAGUGGGAAAUCCUUUUUUAGAAAGCAAGUUUCUUGCUGUUUACGGGAGGGGUGCUCUCUAUCAAAAAUGCAAUAUUAUUAUUAGUGUUAUGUUUAUUAUAAUUAUUACAGGGUUCCUACACAAGUAUGACAUGUAUGGAAAUACAUUUGAUCAAUUUCCAGGUCUUAAAAAUUAUGGAAAAUGAAAAACAAAGUAUGGAAAAAUAUUUUGUGUCCUGACUAUACCCACAGUUUUAAAAUACUGUUUUCUAAAAUAGAAAAGUAGGUAUUUCCAACAAUAGUUCUUAACAAGUAGGGUAUGGAACAGUAUGGAAAUUCCAACUAUGUAGGAACCCCGUUAUUAUUAUUAUUAUGAACACAAAUACAGUUUUCAUGACACACCAUUAGUUUAUUAGUUUACCCCCAGGUGUUUGUUCUCAGAGACCAAACCAUCAGCAGAGUACCAUCUUUAAUGGGAGCAGCAGGAAUGUGGUUACUUACCACAGACUCUUCUUCAUGUGGACAGUCCUAUAAACAAGGACUGGUGGUCUGUGAUUGGUCAAUACUGUUUGGAUUACAGGCACAACGAAUUGAAAGCAGAAGACCUCUCAUAUUAAAAAUCCAGAAACUACAGACUCUACACAUUUAUGGCCAGUUUGUACAUGCAUGAGAUUCUGCACACAGUUAUUGUCAAAGGGCACUGAGUGAUCAUCUACAGUAAUUUAACAGGAUCUUCAGUUCCUGUGUUACAGUUUCCUGUUUUUAUGAAGACCCCAAACCUGCUACUUAAUCAGGAAGUAAUGUGUAGAUACCUGAACGGUUUUAUUCUUAGAGUUGGGGGCGCAGAUGACAGAUCUGUUCAUUAUCUGAACAUUAUUACCUGUAAUAGACUAAGAGGUAUUACUGGCACAUGUUUAUACUGAUGAAGGAGUCAUGUCAGGUGACAAACCUAAAUGACGCUUUUUUCCCUAAUUUUAAAGGGAAAAUAGAAACUUUUUUGUUUUUAGAUCUGAUUGUUUUUUUUUUUGUUGUAUGAAGGGAUCAGAAAAAGAGAGUAUUGCUGGUGUUCAUGAGUCCAUUGAACUGAUGUAGAAAACUCUUCCUCUCAUAGGCAGAUCUGUAACCAGAGUCAACCAGAGAAUCAUGACUGAUUCAAUCUCACUGUGUCCGCACGUGUCAGGAUCAGGUUGUGAGAUUCUGGCAGGUUAUGAUCAAUAUUAAUCUUGGCCUGGCUCAAUGAAAACCAGUGUGAGACUCACUCAGUCUCUUUAGAAGCUGUGUAGGGUCAGAGACUUUGGACAAGAGCUGGUGACUCACCUGGAGAGGUAGCAGCAGCUCUUUUCUGAAAUCUUCAGUCAUGUAAAAUCUGCUGGUUUUCAUUCCCACAACAUCUAAUUUACUCAGACCAGUUACUAACCAGUGUCAACUAAUAAGUAACCUGGUAAUAAUCUGGUUAUACCUGCAGCGAUUGUAGAGAGCCUCCGCACACUACAUGUUCCUGCACAUUCAGAUUAAAGUGUGAAAGAUGCUCAUUUCAUCGCUGACCAAUGCUGGGUCUAUUUCUGGCACGCAGGAGGAGGAGGAGGAAGAGGAGAGAAAAGGCUCAUUUAGCUGCUGCUGCUCUUACUCUCUCCAUCAGUCCUGUUGUAUAACCUCCUGUAAACUGUAUGUAGUGAUGUUCAGAGCAAAGUGACCUCUGCAGUGAACUUUAGAGCAAAACAUGCCAGUAGAGAAGGACUUCAAUGUAAAUGAGAAAAAAAUAUUGCAGACGAGGCUCAAAGUGCACUUCAUUAAAGUAACUUCUCAUUUCACCAGCCUGCUUUAAAGGGAAAAACGCUGAGCUGUCCAUACAAAGUGCAGUAUUUACUAGUGUAUUUGGUGUAUCUCAGCUCCGGCUACUUGAGCUACUACUUUAUUAUCUUUCAUUUCUAAAGAGACUGAACAGUACUUUUUAGUGGGGGAGAUUUUACAUGAUAGAUUGUAUUAUGUCUCUGACAGGUAGUUGGGAGAACCUUGAACAGACAUUCGAGUCCUUUUGCUAAAGGUGUUAAAUCAAUGUUUUUGUAAAUAAUGUGAUUUUUAUGUCACCUGUGUUACUUUCCCACAGUACAUGUUUUUGUGUAGGUUUCAGUGAUAUUGUGUGCAAUGUGAGAAGAACAUAUUAAAAGAUUAGUAUUUAGUUAGUUAAUUGUACAUCGAGUUUUAGAACUGUAUAAAUUGUGAAAAUGUGACUCAUUAUUUUUGUGAAACAGUUCGUGCUUGUGACAAUAAAUUCCAACUGAUUCUGUGUCUUAAAGAAGGAACUUUUUAAAGGGCUCGGGUACUUCUUACAUUCAGAUCUGGGUUUUUAAAUGACACUGCAUCAUAUUAUAACAGGUCAUGUUCUGGGGUUAAUUCUAGUAUGAUUGUAACUCAACAACUGAAAACCCAUUCCUCCUCAAGUCCUGAAUCCUGCUUUAAUCUGAGAGUGUAGGGACUACUAGAGCUGUAAUCAACCCAAGAAAUCCUUGGUCGACUAAAACCUUGAAAUUUUUGACCAAAAAUCGACUAAUGGGGGUGGGGUGGGGGACUCUGCGGGGCGAAAAUAUAUUGAUAUCAGCACAAGAAAGAAAUGAAACACAAAAGGCUAAAUAUAAAUAUUUAGCAAACCACCAGAGGUUGUUCAAUGUGGACACUCUUCAAUCUUCCGGUCUUCAGUCAGUCUCCAGUGAGUUGGACGAAUCCAAAAUGGGGAAAACAAGGGGGUUGUUCUGAGACAGGCUGUUAUCUGUGAAACAGGGGUGCUCUGAAAACACCCCCAUUAGCACUUAGUACAUUUCUCCUGGUGACGUUAA